AUACUGCAGCUAACGAGUUUCAGUGUCGCCCAAAGAUUCCUAAAACUUUAAAUCUCUUUAGUGAAAGUGAACAAAACAUUAUUGUAAGAAGACUACAAGUAUAAUAAGAACCCUUUGUGGAAAAAGAAAUAUGGACAAAGUGGAAUGUCAAGCGUACAAAAUGAAUGUGAAAAUGUUAUCGGUUACUUGACCGACUUUUUGUAAACCUGAAUAACAUUCGUAGACAAAAAAACAUUCUUUAAGAUGAAAAAUGCAGCAAUCGUGGAAAAAGCAUAUGUAUCAAAAGGAGGAACACUUCUUCAGUAUGCAGCCGCUAUAAGUGCCUCCCUGACGAUGGCUGGAACAGCAACUUGCAUUGCUUGGUCAACAGCAGCCAUCCCUCAUCUCAAGAGUGAAAAAUCUAAAAUUCCCAUAUCAGACAUCCAAGGAUCCCUCAUAGCAUCAUUAAAUUAUGUCGGAAUGAUAGUGGGUUUUACAUUCAGCCCUUUUCUGAUGGACCGACUAGGUAGAAAAUAUAGUCUCCUUUUAGUGGGAUUAUCUCAAGUAGCUGGCUGGACUCUAAUAAACCUCUCGAAAUCAGUUCAUGGUCUCUACAUUGCCCGAAUCAUAUCUGGAAUCAGCGACUUCAGUUUCAUCGUCGCCAUGAUUUACGCAGGAGAAAUUGCCGACAAAAAAAUCAGAGGAACCCUCUCUUCCAUCCAGAUCUUAUCUUUCUCUCUGGGAAUUUUUUACAUGAUAACAAUCGGUGCUUUCCUUCCCUAUGAAACAAUGAACAAAUUGGGAUUUAUCAUCCCCUCAAUUUUUUUUCUAACAAUUUUAUUUAUGCCAGAAAGUCCAUAUUUUUAUCUUAUCCAAGGCCGAGAUGAGGAGGCUAUGAAAACUCUAAUGAAGCUGAGAAAUACCAAUAAUAAAGAAGAUGUAAAACUCGAUUUGGAAAGAAUGAAAAAAGCUGUUUUGGAAAGCCAAGAGAAUAAAAAAAGCAGUUUUCGAGAACUUUACAGCGUCAGGGGUACACGCAGAAGUUUGAUUGCGUUAAUGUGUCUGAAGAUUACAAAACAGCUUUCAGGAAUUACAGCUAUUGUUGUGUAUGGUCAAGAAAUUUUAAAUAAAUCGGAAUUUUAUUUGGGAUCAGAAUAUUCGAUAGUGAUCCUAACAGCGGGAAAAGUAAUUGCUGGAUUGAUAGCAACGAGUUUGAUAGACAUUCUUGGAAGGAAGAGUAUUCUCCUUUUUUCUGCAUUAGGGACUUCAGUGGCUUUAAUUGCAGUUGGAGUUUUUUUUUUCUUAAAAAUGUACCUGGGGAUUGAUGUAAGCUCCAUUACUUGGCUGCCAUUUGCAGGUCUAAUGACCCAUGUGAUUACAUUUAGUAUAGGAUUGGCUCACGUCCCGGCUGUAUUCGUUGGAGAAGUUUUUUCAAUAAAGGUCAAAGUUCUAGCGGCUGCGAUUGCCUUGACUGCAGAAGCAUUUGUCGGAUUUAUUGUAAUUCUUGGAUUCGCACCAAUGAGUAAAAUUGUUGGAAUUUAUGGGACUUUCUGGUUUUUUGCUAUUAUGUGUAUUUUGGGCCCUAUCGUCAGCAACUGUAUUGUGCCAGAAACCAAAGGAAAGUAUUUAGAAGAUAUACAAGCAAUUUUAAAUAUCAAGAAAAAGAAAAAGUCGAACGAGACUGUUUCGAAACCUUUAUUGGUGUAAUGUAAUAUUUAGGAAAUUAUUUCUUUUUACGAUAAUGACAAAGAAUAUUGAAUAUUUGUAAAUGAAUCU